AUCUGCAGAAGCGCCGAAAAGACAACCAAACCAACCAAACCAUGGCGACGGAACUCGAAGAACUAGUGGGAUUUCUAUCGUCUCCAUCUCCAAACUUGACAAAGGCAGCUGUUGAUAUUGUUCAUGGAUUAACCGGGUCCGAAGAUGGCUUGAAGUCUCUAGCCAAGCAUGCAGAUAUCCUGCUGCCACCAUUAUCUCGACUCCUAGCUGGAAAAAAGGAGGUAUCGGAACCUGCAGCAGUAGCUCUUGUUAAUCUUUCCCAAAGGUCGGCUGUGGCAGCAAAGAUGGUUGACAUAGGAAUGAUUAACCUGGCUAUGGACCUUUUAUUUAAGUCAGAGCCUAAUAUUAGCCGGUUGCUGGUAAUGCUUUUAGUCAAUCUCACCCAAUUAGAAAGUGGUACUGCUUCGUUACUGCAGACCGGAGAUGAGAAAAUGCAAGGGCUCUAUGUUAUGAAGCUUGUGAGAUCAUUCUGUAGAUCCUCUUCCGGUGAAGAUAACGAAGAUCCAUUUGAGCAUGUUGGGUCUAUCCUUGUGAACAUCUCAAAGAAAGAAGCAGGCAGAAAACUUUUGCUGGACCCUAAGCGCGGCCUUCUGAAACAGAUUAUAAGACAGUAUGACUCUUCUAGCCCAUUGAGAAGGAAAGGGGUUUCUGGAACUAUUCGUAACUGUUGUUUUGAAGCUGAGAGCGAGCUUCAGAAUUUACUAUUAAUUUCAGAGUUUCUCUGGCCAGCUCUGCUUCUGCCUGUUGCUGGUAACAAGAUUUACAGUCAGCAAGAUAGAUCGAAAAUGCCACUUGAGCUUAGUAGUGCUCUCUCAAUUGAGCGUGAACCAGUUGAUGAUCCUGAAAUUCGUGCUGAAGCCCUGGAGGCAAUAUACAUGAUAACAUUACAGGAGGCAGGUCUAAGAGCCUUUUGGUCUGUCAAUGGACCAAGAAUAAUACAAGUGGGUUAUGAAGACGAGGAAGAUCCUAAAGUCAUGGAAGCAUACGAACAACUUGGCUCCUUGUUGAUUAAUAGCAGCGGGACAGAGGAGCCGGCAAUUGAGACAUCUAAUUAGCAUCACAGAAGCUUCAGUUUUGAUCUGGUAAACCCUCCGCAGGUUCUCAAUGCCGGCCAUCCAAACUCAAAACGAUGCUUUUGGUGAUGUUUGUUACCGCAUGAUCUUUAGCCACCGUCAGAGUAGAGAACUCUUCAGCUGAUUAGGGAAUCAGAGGCACCGUCAGCUAUGCAUUAAAAUAUGAAUACAUAUGUUUAGAGGAAAACAUAUAGCAUUGUUAGCACAUUGAAGUAGAUCACCUUUGUCCUGUGUCUGAAUUAUUCAAGUUACUAUGUUUGUAUCCCUUGAACACCAAAAUUUACUUUCGUCAUGUGGUUUUCAUAAG